UGAUGCGUCCUCCUCCUUCGUACCCCACAUAGAGUUCCAUUAACCAGCAGCGACAUCCUGUCCUCUCAGGGGCUGGGGGGCGGCGAGCAGAGCCGAGACCUGCGGACAGGAGAGCGACCAUGGGGGUCCUGCAGCCCGUCCUGUGCGCGCUCCUCUUCUGGCUGCCCUGGGCACUUUCAGCAACACCUGCCGAACAAGACCCGGCUUGUGGAGACUGUUACCGGAUUGAUACCCCAACCCUGGUCGGGAUCGUCAUCGGAGACAUUGUACUAACAGUUAUCAUAAUCUUGGUUGUUUAUUAUUUUACCAAGCAGAGCUUCCAAAACCGGAAAAAAGAUGACAAGAAAGUCUAUAUGAACAUGCCGAUGAACAGAUAGAAAGUUCUUCACCUCCAAGACCUAUCCUGACACCAUCAUUAUAAAAAACAAACAAAAAAAAACACCAUCUCAAGUGUCCUCUAUAUAGUUGAUAUAUUCUUCAGCAUGUUGGAAUGAGACACUUCAAAUUCACCAAGAUUGAAGAGAAGAAAUCUCAUUGCUAAGAUUUCUGUCCAUCUUAGAGAAGGGAACAUUGAACAAAUGUUGAACUCAGGAGUUUAGAACAUAUGGGUGCAGCCUUUGUCUCUGCUCAUAAACCUCAACCAACCAAUCAUUGACUACAUACCUAACGUGUUUGAGAAUUCUAUGUUUAAGGGAGUAUUCACAUAAUGUAUUUUGUGUGAAUGCCCCCUUAACCAGAAAAUUCUCCAUCACGGUAGGUCCGUGUACUGUCCAUACCACAAAUUAUAGAACACGUCCAUUUCUUGUCCGUUUUGCAGACAAGAAUAUGCCGUUUUCAAUAAGGCCUGCGGAAAACUUGGUACAUAGAUAGCAUCCGUAUUUUGCAGAUAGGAUACGAUUGUGUGAAUGCACCCUUACACCUGACUUAGUGAUUAUCUUUUCAAAAAGUUGUGAAAUGUAAUAUAUUUUUUUAUUAAUGCAUUUUUUACUGAUGUUUUCUAUUUGUAUUGAAAAAAUAUUUUUAGAUUUUAAUAGUACGGGUGUUUUCAGACGCAGUGAUGCCCAUGAUGUUUAUAUUUCUGUACUAUUUAUGUCUUUAUUUUUUUUCUAAUGAAAAGGGGUUGGGGUGAUUAAAAUUUUUAUAUUUAUAUAUAUAUAUAUAUAUAUAUAUAUAUAUAUAUAUAUACAGUAUAUUAUUUUUGACUAUUUUCUAUUACUUUUUUUUAUGUUUUUGUAGCCAGUCUAGGAGGCUACCAUGUUGAGUUCUUUUUUUUUUUUCAAUAUUACCAUACAGCAAAUAGCAGCAUAGUAAUAUGUGAAUUGCUGAUUUCUUAUGUUGGCCAACAUAGGAAUUGCAGCUCUAAUACGCUGGGUCUCUUCAGAGAGACCCAGCCUAUUAGAGUAAAUUACCAGUAUCCCCAAUCGCCAAACAGUUUUUCACUCUUUAGAUGCCAUGAUCACACUUUAUCACCGCAUCUAAAGGAUGUAAUGACCACAACCAGAAUUAUUGCCGGUCACGGUCAUUAGCCGCGGGCCUCUGUUGUUUGAAACAGCAGAGACCCACCAGCCAUGGUGCCGGCUGCACGCUCGAGAGGGUGCCAUGAUUAAACAUACAUGUAUAGCGCUGGUAGUGAAAGGGUUAAAAUAAAUGGGGACGUGUGCUGUCCGUGGAAAAUGUGGACAGCACACAUCAGUAAAAAACGAAUAUGUGAAUGAGGCCUUAGAUGAGAAAAAUUAAUCAUCUUCUAAUUUCUAGGUCCAAAAUUCAGUGCUGAUUAUUUCAUUUAAUAUUUUUAUAGUGGCAGCAGGGUAAUUUUUUGCUAAGUGGCCGCUCACAUACUGUAUAGUACUGUAUAUACAUAUGUCAUCUGGAAAUCUGCAAUAGUCUUGAUUCCAGGAGGAUUUUUUUUUGCAUUUUUGUUUUUCCUCCCUGCCUUCCCAGAGCCAUGACUUUCUUAUUUUACCAUUCACAUAGCCAUAUGAUUGUCUUUUGCAGGAAAACUUGUACUUUUUAAUAGCCCCCACUUAAUAUUUGCAUAUAAUGUAAUGGGAAGCUGCAAAAACAAUUCCAAAUGAGGUGGAAUUGGAAAUUGCAAUUCGGCCACAGUUUUAUGGAUUUUGUUUCUAUGGUGUUCCCUGUAUGGUAAAACUUACCCAUGACCUUCAAUCUCCAGGUCAGUACGAUUAUGGCAAUUCCACAUUUAGUAUUUCUUGUGUUUUAAUACUGAAAAAUAAAAUAAAAAUUUGAAAACAAAUUUUUUUUUUUUUCAUUCUGACCUUCAUAACUUUUUUAUUACUACUUUUUUGAUGUGUGUGACUUUUUGAUCCUAUUCAAUUAUAUUUUUGUAAGUCAAGUGAUGAAAUAAUGGCUAAUCAGCCAUUUUGAUUUUAUUUCCUGUGUUUUUCCAGUUUUUUUCCUGUUACCUUAUUCCCCAUAUGGGAUAAAUAUUUUUAUACUUUAACAGUUCAGCCAUUUUGGGACAGGUCAAUGUCUACGAUCUUUAUGUUUUUGUAUUCAUUUUUAUUUUAAUUCUGUGGAAAGGGGGGGGGGAGGAGGGAUUUACAUUUUUAUAAUUUUUUAAAAUAUUUGUAAAAUUUUUUGGGGGGAGUCUAGGAUAUGUGGUCUUCAAAUUGCUUUUAGCUUACUUUGUAGAUCAGUAGAACUACAAUUUAAGCCAGGUUUGCUGUUAGCCUAUGCAGGCCUCCAUAGGAACUGCAGAUGUAAUAUGCUGGGUCUCUUCAGUGAGAACCAACGCAUCAGAACAAGGGAACGAUCCUCCCAUUGCUGCAUAUGGGAGCCGUUCCCGGCCUGUAAGCAAGCAUUUUCAGGUUUUCAGCAUUUAGCUGCUGGGGUAACAUUUGACCAUGGCAUCUAAAGUGGUAAAUGUCUGCUAUUGGCGUUAUUGCCAAAUGCAGACAUUAGCGCCAAGCCUAUGCUGUUUUAAAAGGCAGAGACCGGGCAGCUAAGGCGCCAAUUUUAAAUUCACUCCUUCCGUCGUAAAUGUACAACGCUGGAACUUGAGGGGUUAAAGGAGUUAACCAGCGCUUGGGUCUGAAUACUUUUGUAAUUGCAUGCAAUUAAAAAAUUUGUAUAGCCUCUGAGUUAUUCAAUAAAAUGUAUCUGUAUAGCGCCACCUGCUGUUUUUCUUUUUCUUUUCUUAUAGCUUUGUCCGGCUCACUGAGAAGGCCGCACAUGCUCAGUUUCACCCUUUAACUGCCUCCUGAGCUUUGAUAGGCAGAGCAUGGACACGCCCCCUUAGCUCCCCUGAGCUGAAGUAGGAAAGACAUGCCCUAUGUGCUGCUAGCUUGAUAUAGAGCAGGAGAUGCUGAGCAGAUUGGUGUAUAGUUUAAUGGGAAAAAAGUCUGUAAAACUUGUAUUUCAUUACUUUAAUCAACUGUUCAUUCUGGGUUUUAGAGUCCAGUGGGCGGAGCUGGCAGUUAUUGACUGUAUAUAUAGACGUAGCUGUCAAUCAUGCAUCCACUGCGCUGCAAAGUCCAAAUUGAGCUGAGAAUCUAACACGUUGCCCACAGAUUGAACUGCAUGUUCAAUGUUGUACAUUUCCUUUACAUUGAAACUCCAACUUUAAUCAUCAUAUUUUUAGGUCCAAGCUUCUGUGAUAACAUUUUCUUAUCUUUAUAAUAGUCACCGCACCCUUUUUUUCAGAUACAGAGCUCCUAGACAGAGGAAGAAUUCUAGCUGCCUGCAAUCGCCACUAGAGGGAGCUCAGGAGCACCUUGCCUAGUCUUUAUGAUUGAGCUCAAUGUAGUAGCAGUAUGCUCCUAAGCUCCCCCUAGUGGUGGGGAAAAGCAGCAAGAAUUUCAUUAUUUACGUCCGUUGAUCGUAUCAUACACAGUUACAAUGUAUCAAUUGUGCCAGUUGGACGUGAUCAGUGAAUGUUUCCAUUCACUACAUGCAAGCAGAGAUACUGAAGAGCUGAAUAAGUGAAAUAUAGAAUGCAUUAGAAAGUCACAGACCUUUUCAUUAUACAUUAAUUAGGCACUAUUCACAAGACGGACUGAUGGUCCUUUUAAUGUGGGAUUUCCCCAAAUUUUGUGUGGCCCCACAGAUCCGAUGUUGUGGUUUUUAGGUGUCAUCGUGUUAUAUCCUCUAGUUAUGUGCACACUGCUUUAUUAUUCGGCUAUUAUUGUAUAGAAAAAUAAAGAUGUGAUAUGUUCAA